UCCCGUGUCUUCUACCUUUUGUUGCAGCUCUGUGCCAAUGACAUAUUGGAUAGUGAUGAGUUCAUUGAGAGCAUUUCUCUUCUCCCGGAACCAGAGAAGACCCUGCACACUCAAGACACUGAUCACCAGCACAACUCAAGCCAUGGGGAGGAGGAAGCCUUAAAGGAAGAUCCCCCUAGCAGUCUCCUGGAGGAGAGGAAAUCAGAUCAGCUGGGCCUGCCGCAGACUCUGCAGCAGGAGUUCUCCCUUAUCAAUGUGCAGAUCCGGAACGUCAAUGUAGAGAUGGACGCAGCGGAUAGGAGCUGCACAGUAUCUGUGCACUGUAGCAACCACCGCGUCAAGAUGCUGGUGAAGUUCCCGGCGCAGUACCCCAACAAUGCCGCCCCUUCCUUCCAGUUUAUUAACCCUACCACCAUCACGUCCACCAUGAAAGCAAAGCUGCUAAAGAUCCUGAAGGACACCUCGCUGCAGAAAGUGAAACGCAACCAGAGCUGUUUGGAGCCUUGCCUGCGUCAGCUCGUCUCCUGCCUUGAGUCUUUCGUGAACCAAGAAGACAGCACUUCCAGCAACCCAUUUGCGCUCCCAAACUCUGUCACACCACCCUUACCAACAUUUGCACGGGUCACCACUGCCUAUGGGUCUUACCAGGAUGCUAAUAUCCCCUUUCCUAGGACUUCUGGGGCCAGGUUCUGUGGAGCAGGCUACCUGGUGUACUUCACAAGGCCCAUGACAAUGCACCGAGCAGUGUCUCCGACAGAACCCACUCCCAGGUGAGUCUGGAGAUACAGAGGACUCUGCAGCCACAAGGCCAGAAGGGAGAAAUCUGGAAAGGAGCACUGAGCCUAUCUUUGGACAGUUUGUUUUAGUUCUUAAGUAAACUCCUGGUAAGAUUCAUUCAAGAAAGAUCAAGGUUCAUUAGAUUGAAGGAAAGCUGAGACUUCUGCUGUAAGGUAACUAUCAAACCACAUGGAGUAGCUUGAUGAAAGCUGUUAUCGAAAUAAGGGAAUUUUUUUUUCCUUUGCAGUACUGGG